AUGAAACGUAGUAGGAGUAGCGGGCAGCGGGGGGGGGGGAGCGGCGACAAGUGCCAUACAGAGCAGACCGUGCCCCACCUGCGUCUCCUCGCCCUGAAUCAAGACGUGGACGGACAUGCAAUCCCGCUGAAGGAAAAGCGACACCAAGGAGGACGUGCCACCCACGUAAUCGCCCCCCACGAACUCCGUCGAAUCCUGUUAAUGGUAGCAGCGGGGGGGGGUCUACGGCUACUUGUCAACGGGGAGGCGGCCUGGGCACCGCUUCCCCAGAGGCUACACCCGCAAGUACGCCUGGCGUCGCAACUAUGCGAGUGGCGGGAUCCGGCGCGCGUGGCCGAGAUCCGGGAAGCCAUACAGGAUCCGGCAGGAAACGCAGAAAGAGACGGUCGCUGGGGCAGAGGCGGCAAGCCGUCUUUUAGGGGAGGAUGGCAGACGAGGAGUACAGUGAGCAGCAAAAGGAGGCGAGGCAACAUGCGAAGGUCCGCAGAGAGCGAGAGAUUACCGAAGCUGAACGUGAGAAGUUGGAGUCUGGAGGCAAGCGGACAGUCGAAUUCCGGCGUCGAAGUUGCGGUAGAAAGCUUGGAACAGCUGGCUCUCGCUCCGUCAAGCGGAGUGCAGCGCGAAGACAGUCUGAUCCUGGAGUUAGGAAUACUCAGAUCGGAGCCGAGAAAAAACACGCAAGAAACCUUGUAGGCGUGGGGAGUGCGGUUGGUUCACAAACAACCCGGGUCUCGAAUGCAGCAUGUGCCCCUCAGGCGUAGUGCACGCCUUCAGUGACAAGCUAUGCUCCGCAUGCCAUAGGUCGGAGGGCUUAGCUGGCUUCACGCACCUCAGAGGGCCACGGCUUGAACGAGCGACACGGUUGUUUUUGGCCGAGUACCAAGAAGGAAAGGGGGAGCUGCCUCUACCUCUCGUGCGAAGAUUUUGUCCCAGCAACGACUGCAUUUGCCAACGCCGAAAUUGUUUCUACGGUUUUCUUCUCGAGAGGGAAGCAAAGCCGGAGCUCCGAACAUGUAGCGUGUGCAAGAGAGGGUACCCUGUGAAGGACCAGAAGAGGUGGUACAGUGUGGACGUGGUGGACGAUAACAUAACGGAGGGUGGUGGAUCAGGACGCACACAAGCUUGGUACUGCCAGGCCUGCAAUCAAGCUCGAAUCCGGGCCAUCGGAGAAGCUACUCAAAAAAGGUUGCGGCAUCGAGCAACUCGGGCCGACCUAAAGCCGAUGAACCGGCGCCGGAG